GACAAUGCCGAGGCGGCCGCUGCCGUUGCUGCGGUCCAGGCUCUCCAAGCGCCCGACCACGGCAUGAAGAAGGAAACUCCUUUCUCUCGCUCUCCGGAGCUCCGCAUCAGCCACAAGCUGGCCGAACGCAAGCGUCGCAAGGAGAUGCGCGACCUCUUCGACGAGCUCCGGGAACAGCUCCCUGCUGACCGUGGCAUGAAGGCUUCCAAGUGGGAGAUACUCUCCAAGGCUGUCGACUACAUC